GUUGUCAGAGCUAGGUUCGCAGCCACCGAGUUAGGCAUACGUGAGCGACUGAUGGUUGGAGUUCUGGCUGAGUCGUCACUGGCAGUAGCAAUGAAUGCAUCGUUAGGGAAACAUGUGCCAAGGAUUCACGUUUUUGCUGAUGCUAGUCGAAUUGACACUGAUCUAGCUCAGCUGACGAACUUGAGUCCAUACAAGCCAAAUGGACAGAAAUCUCACGUGUUCGUGCUAGGACUCAUCUUCAACUUGACAUUUCACGAAAACUUCGAUUGGUUCCUACUUGUGCGCGAUUCGACCUAUAUCAAUCCGUUUGAGUUGAAUCGCUUCAUAAAUAGCGUAAAUUGGAACCAACCUGUUCUGGUUGGUCAACCAGCCGAAGAUGGAAGCGGUCGGUGCUCGCUUGAAGCUGGGGUGAUCUUGAGCAAUCCGGCUAUGCAGAAAUUGAUACAACAGCGACAUGCUUGCAACCUACUCGCCAGUGGCUCUGAUGCUGACCAACUUGCUUUCGAAAAGUGUUUGCAGCUAGCCACCAAUCUGUCUUGUGUCAGUGAGUACCAGGGUCAGACUUACAAUGUUUGGCACGUGGAUGGUACGCAGACUGCUCAUGACGCGAUCGACAAAUGGCGUGCACAUGAAGCUUUUAAUAAAUCAAUUGCUGUUACGAAAUUGCUAUCGGAUGCUGAUGCAUCUGCACUUCAUGACCAUUUUGUUAGCGUGGAAGUAGCGAAGUGA